UUGUUAUGUUAUACGGGAUAUCGAUCACAAUGUCUCAAAUCGUCGAGUGCGUUCCAAAUUUUUCAGAGGGUCGCAAUGAGGCCGCUAUAGAGGCCAUUGCAGCAGCCAUUCGUUGUACUGAUGGAUGUCACCUUCUUGAUGUUGACGCCGGUCAGUCUACGAACAGAACGGUCUACACGUUUGUUGGCCCGCCACAUGCUGUUGUGGAGGGAGCUCUAAACGCGGCUCGCGCAGCGAAAGAGUGCAUAGACAUGACCAAACACAAAGGAGCUCAUCCUCGGAUUGGAGCAAUGGAUGUUUGCCCAUUUAUUCCUGUUGCUGGAAUAUCUACAGAAGAGUGUAUACAACAGUGUGCUUAUGCCUUCUCCAAGAGAGCGUCUGCAGAACUGAACAUUCCCAUUUACCUUUAUGCAGCAGCUGCUACCAAUCCACAACGUACAAACCUUGAGACUAUUCGUUCAGGCGAGUAUGAAGGAUUGGCAGAGAAAUUACAGAAUCCAGAAUGGAAACCUGACUAUGGACCAGCUGAGUUUCUUCCCAAAUGGGGGGCAUCAGUAAUCGGUGUGAGAAAGUUUCUCAUUGCGUACAAUGUCAACUUGCUAGGUACAAAGGAACAAGCACAUAGAAUAGCUUUGAAUAUAAGAAGUGCAGGAAGAGGCAUGAAAAAUCCUGGACGAUUAGCUUGCUGCAAGGGUUUGGGCUGGUAUCUACAAGAGCAAGAUUUGGCACAAGUUUCAUUGAAUUUGACUGAUUUUGAGACAACACCAGUGCAUGUUGCAUUUGAGGAAUGUUUGAAGGAUGCAAAGGAGCUUAACGUGGCAGUCGUUGGAUCAGAGAUUGUUGGGUUGGUUCCACUGAAAGCUCUUUUGAUGGCUGCUGAUUAUUACAUUGAGAGAGACAACUUAUUUGUUGUUGGUGAACAGAAGAAAAUAAGACUGGCAGUAGAAAGACUUGGCCUUAACUCAAUUACCAAGUUUGAUCCCAACAAGAAGAUUAUAGAGUAUAUGAUUGAUCUUAACCAAGAUGGACCUCUUGUCAGUGGAAGUUUGCGUCAAUUUGUGGAAGGUUUAGCUGCUCGUACCUCAGCACCUGGUGGAGGUGCAGCAUCAGCCGCAAUUGCAGCAAUGGGUGUUGCGUUAGGCAGUAUGGUUGGUUGGAUGACUUAUGGUUACAAGAAAUAUGCAGUUUUGGAGUCAACUGUUCGGCAAGCUAUUCUGCCAUUGCAUAACGCCGUGCAAGACCUUCUACCUCUCAUUGAUGCUGAUGCUACUGCGUUUACAGAUUAUAUGGCUGCAAGAAAGUUGCCAGGAUCUACUCCUGAAGAAAAGGAGCGACAAGAAGCAGCAAUGCAAGAGGGUCUAAAGACAGCAAUUCAGGUUCCUUUGUCGAUAAUUCAAGUUGCCAAUCAGUGCUGGCCAGCUCUCUUGCUACUGGCUCGUUGUGGCAACUACAGCUGCAAGUCAGAUGUUGAGGUUGGUGCAAAGGCAAUUGAAACUGGCGUUUGGGGAGCGCACAAGAAUGUUGUCAUAAACCUUUCGGGAUUAAAAGACAUUGAAUAUAAAGAGAGGGUGCACCAGGAGGCCAAUGAAGCUCUCAAAAAGGCACAAGAAACUUGCCAAGAAGUUCUUGAUAUUGUAACCGAAAGAACAGGAGAUGUUGCAGAGGUGACACAGAAAGCAACGUAACUGCAACAUCUACUCUGAGCAUGCGUAGUUGUACCGCAUAUAUAUUUGCUCUCUCGCUCUUGCCAGUUUGGACGACUAAUAAAACUUGUUUAUUGGCAAAUGACA